GUUAACGUUGCCUCGCGGUCCCUGAAGUGCAGAACAGGAGGGCGUAUCAUCUGUGACAGCGACGUAGGAGACUCCCAAUAAACUGUCAAAAAUAGUCAACAAACGAGCCAUGGCGGAGCUGGACCUGAGUCUGAGCGACGCGCUGACGGAUGGAGGCCCCGCCCCCCAGGAGGGCGUGAUGGAGAGGGACUUCCUGAAGGAGCUGGAGGCGGAGCCUUACGACGACCAGGUGGGAGAGACGGUGGGCAAGACGGACUACACCCCCCUGCUGGACAAUACAGCAGAAGCAAAACAGCCCUUGAAUGGUGAUCAGGAUAUUCAGAAGCCUGGUUCUAAGGUGACACAGGGGGAACCCAUGUCUGCAUCGCGCCCAGAGCCACAGGGGGAGGUGAGACCACACUCUACAGAGCUGCCUGGGUUCACACAGGACUUCCCGUCUGAUUCCUCCCAGCAUGCCGUGGGGGUGAACAUGGCCGGGGGGCCCGGGGGGGUGGCCCCCCUCCAGACAGAGAGGCCUCAGAGCGUGGCAGAGCCCCAGACGCCCCCCUCCCAGACGCCCCAGUCCCCCCGCCACGGCAGCAUGGCCCCAGAGCCCCAGUCCCCCGGAACACCCCUGGAUCUGUCUGCAGGUGAAAUGAGUGACAGAUGGCCAGACAACGCCAGCCUCCCCUUCUCCCCCAGCGUCUCCACGGUGAUCAGUCGCCAUGCCAACCAGCUGGCGACCAGUCCGGAGGACCCCCAGGACUCAACCUGGCCCCCCAGGGAGGGUUCGGGCCCCCCCGCGGGGGAGGAGAGAGAGGACAGGGAGGAGGGGGGUGGAGGGGACCGCAAACAGAAGAAGAAGAAGAAGAGGAGGGCUAAGGAGGAGCAGGAGGAGAGACCUCACAUGGGAGCCCAGAGGGAGGACGGCCUCCACAGGGGGUCCCCCCGCAGGGACAAGACCGGGGAGGGGGGCUGGGGCCCCGAGGAAGGCGGGGGCAGAAGCGGAGAUCGGGGGAAGAGGGGGAAGAGCAGGAAGAAACUUCCAGAAGAGUGGGGGGUGAGUGGCGAGCCCUUCGUCCCGGCGUCCCAGCUGUGUGCUCUCCAGCCUGGCCUGUUCUCAGAACACCCAGACGACAGCCUCAUCCCUCCGUCUCUCACUCAGGACCUCCUCUCCCUGACGGCCGCCUCGCCUGCCACUGCCCUGACCUCUGACCUCCAGCCCACUGCCGCCCCCUUCUCCAUGCCCCCCCCCCAGACGGGCUGCUUUCCCCCCGCCCCCCGCCCGGAUGAGCCCUUCUCCGCCAGCUCCCACCACCUGCUGGUAGACGGAGAGAGGGCCAGCCCUGGGGACGUCACAGAGCCCUUCUCUCCCUCCUCCCCUCCCUCCUUCUGUCCCUCCUCCCCUCCCUCCUUCUCUCCCUCCUUCCCUCCCUCCUUCCCUCCCUCCUUCUCUCCCUCUUUCUCUCCAGGUAGUGAGAAGGGGGCCCAGUUUGGUAUUAACUCCUCCAUCACUCAGCCUUUCAUGCAGGAAGUUUGUACGGACGAGGGCCUGGUCUUCGCCCCUGACUCCACCCCCCUGGUCUCCAUGGAGACGGCCGGGGAUGUGGUGGUGGCCUCGGCCCCUCCCCUCACCCCUUCAGAGGUCUCCUGGGCGAUGAACAACUCCCUCCUCAGUAGCGACGGCCAGCUGUUUGACUUCAGCGACUCCAUGUCUCCCAACUGCGGCCCCCCUGGGGGGCUGGCCUUCAACAUCCCCAGCCCCGCCCCCCUUCGAUCUCCCAAAACCACCCCGGAAAGCCACACCCCCAAACCCUCCUCCCAGAAGAAGAACCGCUCCUCCUCUUCCUCCUCCUCCAACAGCCUUGCUUCCAAGAAAUCUCCUCCCUGCGAUUCGCCAGCACUAAGCCCCUCCUCCCCACCAAGCUCCGCCCUCAACCCGGCGGCCAAGCCGUUCUUCCCCACCUUCAGCGAGUCCCCGGGGGGAGACCCUGCUAUGGAAGUCAUCAAAUCAGAGAAGAUGGACAAGCCUGAGAAGGAGGAGAAGAUGGACACGUUUGACAUGUUUGAGAAGCUGGACCAGGUGGAGACCAGGGGAGUCACGGUGAAGUUUGACUCUGCGAUGGGAGAGAAAACACAUGCUACGGAGAAGGAGGAGGAGAGGAUGCAAAAGACUGAGAAGGUGUUAGUAACAGACAAGUCUGGUGAGGUGGAGAAGUCUGGUGAGGUGCAGAACGUUGACCUGAUAAAAAAAAAUGACAUGGCAGACAAAAUCGAAAAGAUGGAUGAAGAUCAGAAGAUGGACAAGGAACAGAGAAAUGUAGAGCAAGUGGAAACGCUUGAUCAAAUGGAGAAAGUACAAAGUUCUGUCAGGGUCGAGGAGGCUCCGGGGAAACCGGAUACAGCAUUCACAUCGGACGCGUCUGACCUGAGGAAGACACAGCCUGAGGAGGAGAAGAAGGUUGCCGUGGGAACCGCAGGAGAAGACAAGAAACAGGAGGCUGACAUGGUUGAGAAGGAUCUGAAAGAAAAGAAACCAGAGGUGGACCAGCAGGUGAAGGUGGAGAAGGAUCUGAAAGACAAGAAACCAGAGGUGGACCAGCAGGUGAAGGUGGAGAAGGAUCUGAAAGACAAGAAACCAGAGGUGGACCAGCAGGUGAAGGUGGAGAAGGAUCUGAAAGACAAGAAACCAGAGGUGGGCCAGCAGGUGAAGGUGGAGAAAUCAGAGGACAAGACAAGUGCUGAGAAGAAAGAGAAGGCCGCUAAAGCUGACGGCGUUGAGAAGGCAAAAAAGAUGUCUACUAAGCCCUCGACCAAUGGGAGCAGUGCUGCAUUGAGCAAGGACCCGCCCAGCCCAGACAAGAAGCCCAAGCCUGUUACCGGGACAACUAGACCAAGCCCCGCUGCAGCCAAGCCCCGGCCCAGCUCGGCGACAGUUGCCACAACGACCGCCCCCAAGCGCCCCGCCCCCUCUUCCUCCUCCGCUGCCCUCCUUAAAAAAGGGCCCGCCCCCAAGGCGUCUGCCCCGCCCCCUGGCACCAAAAAACCCGCCACCGCAGGGAGCCGCCCCUCUUCCGCCACCGCAGGGAGCCGCCUUCCUUCCUCCAGCGCAGGGAGCCGCCCCCCUUCCUCCACCCCGGCACCCCGGGAUGUUAAACCCAAGACGUCUGGCAGCGCCCCCCUUCCCUCUCGGACCGCCACGGCGACCAAGAACGGCACCGUCACCACGGCGACCGCUAAACCUGCUACGUUGACUCGCGCUCCGCUGGCCUCUCGCAUGGCCUCCAGCGCCACAGCCAAGCGGCCCCUGGCCACAAAGACCAACAGCAAACCAGCAGAGGACAGCAAACCUGGCACUUUGAAGACAACAACAGUGGACUCGGCCAGGCCCAGCCUCGCCCGUAGCUCCACGGCCACCAGCCCUUCUGGCCCCACCAGCCGCGCCCGCCCUGCCCCCAAGCCCGCCGUGCCCGCCUCCUCUACCGCUGCCGGGCCGGACAGGAAGCCCCCGGUGCCCCGUGCCCCCCGGCCCAGCGCCACCACUGGCACCGCCCCCCGGCCCAGCACCGCCCCCGCCCCUGAUGUCCGCAACGCCCGCUCCAAGAUCGGCUCCACCGACAACAUGAAGCACCAACCUGGAGGGGGAAAGGUGUCUGGUGCUCUGGGUAAGACUGACUCCUCCUCCAAGGAGACCAGCCAGGGCAAAGUUCAGAUACUCAGUAAGAAGGUGGACUUAAGCAAAGUGACGUCAAAGUGUGGUUCUAAGACCAACAUCAAACACAAACCAGGGGGCGGCGAUGUCAAGAUUGAGGCACACAAAGUGAACUUCAAGGCCCAGUCCAAGAUUGGCUCAACAGAUAACCUCAAUCAUGCACAAGGUGGUGACAACGCCAAGGCUGAGGGGAGGCAGGACCCAGCAGAGGGGACAGGGGCUGCACCUGGGGCUUCCCCUGGUCCGGCCCCAGCCUCCCAGCCAGGGCAGCCAGCCAGCCCUGCCCAGGAGAAUGGGCUGAAGGAGGGCCUGCCCUGUGGGAACCUGGGCCUGCCCUGUGGGAACCAGGGCCUACAGGACACCCAGGGUCUGGACUCACUCAUCCCAGAGACAAAUUGAGUCCUUCAAGCUCAACUUUUCACACGGACCACGGCGCUGACAUCAUUUCCUGGCCUGCCCCAGAAGACUGCCUCCCAAUAAGCCACGCUACCCCCAUCAACGCUUCCUUUCCCCCAAGGACUUCCUGGCUAGCGCCAGCUCCCCACCCCCCCCCCCCCCAUCACUGGAGCCAGGGGGCAAUACUUAAAAGAACUAUACUCAUAACCCCUACAUCCCUCACCCCCACCCCAUAUGCCACCUUUAGCAUCUCCUCCAUGCCCCAUCCGAUGACAGGAUCAUGUCAUGUUUACUUUCGUCUCUCUCCUGCCGUCCUGCAUCCCCUGGCAGCGAGGCUGACGUUGUAAGAUGAGGAACAGGGGUUGAGUGUUGGUUCAGAUGGAUCGCUCUGCCCUGGUGAUGGACCGACCUGAUUCUUUCUCCACGCCUUAGAUAAACAACAACGUUCAUUCAGAUCAUGUUGAACAGCCCCCCCCCCCAACCUGCCCCCAACCCCCCCCCCCCUCCUGCCCCACACCCCCACCCCUCCUGCCCCCACCCCUCCUACACCCUCCACCUCUCCUGGACCUAUGGCUUUCCUGGAUGCAAAGUAGCUUGUGUAGCACCCAUUUCCGUGUGACCAUACGGGGCUAGCGUGUGUUCCCCAUGCCCAUCCCUCACCCCUGUCCCUCCCCAUACACAGCCUGAGUCCACACCCACUUAUUCAGACUCCCUCCGUCUUCACUAUCCACCAUAAGAGCAAGAAUAAAAGUAGUACAUUAAUAGUUGACUGUUUGAACUGUAGGAUAUUUAACUCUCUUUCUCUUUAAUCUCUGUGUUUGUGAUGAUGUGUUUGAGUGAAUACUGUAACUUUAGGCUUUUGGUGUUUCUGUUCUGUUUACUUUCUCUCUGGUUUCUUUUCCUCUUCAGCUGUGGUUUAAGCUUUUUUCAAAAUGUCUCUUUUACUCUCUUGUACAAGCAAUACAGUGAAUGGUCUAUUUACCCAUAGGACUCAGAAAUACACGCACACGUUUUUCAAAAUCAAAGGCACACAGUCAUGAAGACGCAACUGUAUUCAAGGAUUAGAGAGACAGGAAGGAUGGGGAGGCUUAAGAGGGAGAUGGAAGUUGUCAGGUGUGAGGAGAGACAGGCUGAUGCUUAGAGAAGAUGAUCAGUCUGUAAGGCAGCGAGUUGGGAUAAACACGAAAGGAAUCAGAUUAGGAUCUAUCUUGAGAAUAGUUUCAUUCUGAAAUGCAGUACAUUAGGACUUGAAUGUGCAUGAAUGCUAGAGAGGCAGGUGUCUAGGGUGUUGGUGGAGCUGUGUGUCUUGGCUGUGUCUCUUGUCCUGCUUACCUGAAACUAAGAUGAGACUGGGGCUGACACCCUCCGCUGCAGGGCCCUCCACUACCGAGACACGGACACACAGAAUGUCAUAGUUUAACAUGAAACUGUUAAAGCCGCCUGGUGUUGCUGUUGUGAGGACCUAGAUAACUUCUUCUUGUGUUUGUGAUUAAUUAUGGUUGUCGUCCCUUCCCAGGUGUUUUGAGGGUAAUGAAAACAGUUUUUUGGCAGUUGAUAUCAUAAAUGGUUCUGCAGAUUAAACAGGACCUGCAGUGCUUGUCUCGUCAGGGUAUCGGAAGACUUGUGGCUUAUUUCACUCUUGUAGCAAUGUAUCCAACUAUUGCCUCCAAUUGCCUUUUAGUGCAUGGCCAGAUGAUAUGUUGCAGAACAGGGAUCCUGUUUGCAUUAUGACUUGCAGUGUCGUGCAUACAGUCUCUUUAAUACUUGGAUCAGUUCUAGACAGUAGUGCAUCUUUCCUUAUUAUUGCUUUGGUUUAAAAUAACAAGAAGCAUUAAGGCUAUGUGGGGCAGCCCUUUUUACUCUUUAUGUUUUAAAAUGUAAUCAUUUAGCUCGUAAUCUUUACAAUUUCAUACCCGGAAUAGCAACCGUAUUUGAUGCCUCCUCUAAUGAUCAGAAAGAAUGCGAGAUCAGAUUCUUUUUUUCUUUUUUUUUUUUUUAUAAAGGCACCUUAAAGCUUCAGAGUAUCAAAGAGGGUUCCCUGGGAUGGAGUUUGUUAUAUAGAACCCCUGAAUUAAUGAAGAGGAUGGAGUUUGUUAUACAGAACCCCUGAAUUAAUGAAAAGGAUGGAGUUUGUUAUAUAGAACCCCUGAAUUAAUGAAGAGGAUGGAGUUUGUUAUACAGAACCCCUGAAUUAAUGAAAAGGAUGGAGUUUGUUAUAUAGAACCCCUGAAUUAAUGAAGAGGAUGGAGUUUGUUAUAUAGAACCCCUGAAUGAAUGAAGAGGAUGGAGUUUGGAAAACGUUCAUCAAUGAACUGCAUUAGAGGCUUCCCACUAGCCCUUGAAUCCUUAAAUGAGUGUCCAACUAAGUCAAAUUAGAUAUAGUACCUGUUAUCAAAAUGAUUGAAAAUAAUCCCUUAAUUAAACCAGCUAAAGAAAUCCAGUUUUAUUAUGAGGAUAGGCAAUAACUUUGUCUUUUUCACGUGUUGUUUUGAAAGUUCAAAAGAGGUUUGUAGAUAUGACUGUCUGAGUGGUUUCAUAUUGUGGCUUUCAGAUCAGUACACAGAGCACCACCUCACCCAUGGUUCAUAACAGUCCUUCUUGUGCCACCUACUCCUCGCCUAACUAAAGUUGUCCCUAUUGUAACUGUGCCUGUUUGCAGCCAAUUUUACUAUUGAAGUUUUCUACCCAGAUAUUUUACAAAUUGCACUGCUCUCCUCAAAGUCACAGUUGUAUAUAAAUAUUUCACUCAGCAUCUCCACCAGAACAGACAAACAAACAAAGGGGAGUUGUAAGGAUGUUUAGUGUAUGUCCAUGUAACUUUAAUAGUUUUAAUGUUAAGGACUUUAUUAUUAUUAUCAAGCAAGUUCACCUUUUCCACAUGAAAAGGGCUGCUGAAGUGAAAGAAUGUUUUUGAGGUAUAAUGUACUAAAGACUCAACUAUCUGUGUAUAACGUGUUUCAUUAGCUACGUGCAGGAUGGCUGUGUGGGCAGGGAGUGGCAAAGGGGUUAUAUAUAUAUACACACACAUACCUGGGAACUCUGUUAAAGUCUAGUUUGUGCAAUUCUCUAGAUUUGUUAACCACCUGGUUUUCACAAAACUCUGUACCGUCAUCCACACUCACAAGCGCAGUCUUAAGACGCUAAAAUAAUGCUAUUUUCAGGAACAAAAACAUGCACAUGUGAAGACCUUGCUGCAGGGAGGGUUGAAAGCAGACGUGUGGCAACGCUGCCUGGCCCUCCUCUAAACGCUGGGAUUAACAGCAGAGGUCAGGGCCUUUCAUUAGGAAGUAUCAUCACUCAGCCAACUGAAACUCCAUUAGGAAGUAUCAUCACUCAGCCAACUGAAACACAUAUACAAGUGUGUAUACACACCAUACAAGUGUGUAUGGCAACUUAAUCAUCCACACAACCCCAGGGAGGUGUCUGCCCCAAGGCAUAAUUGUGUGAGACUAACUGUUUGGCUUGUUUAACAAGAGCUCCUCAGUGAUCCAUCAGAGCUCCAUAGAUCUGUGUCCACUGCUAGCGUGCGUUUAUAGAGUAACGACCUACUUAAAAGCAUGCAGAAACCUAUGGGAUGUGUUCCGUAGAGUAAUGUCAUUUGCCGAAUUUGUCAUUUUAAAUUUCUUUUUUUUUUCAUUUCUUUUUUCAUUAAUUCUGACUUUUAUUUUUUGAGUUUGAAAGAAGUGUUUUAUUGUGGUUAUUUGUUAAUUAGUGAUGUGAUUAUUAAACAUGAAAUAAAAUAAUGUUCAAGACUCA